AUGACCCAAAAUGUAGAUCCUAUGGAGCAAAAGAGGCAACUGGAAAGGGAACGGUAUUCACAAAAUAGGGAUGACAUAUUAAAGAGACAACGUCAAGCCUACAGUCAGAAAAAAUUGUCUCAUGCUUCUGCAGGGACCGGUGCCCAGAAAGAUGAAACACAAACACCGAUGUCCACAUCCAUUGACCCUAAAGAGUUAAGGAGGCAAAGGGACAGGGAGAGGUAUGCACAGAACAGGGAUGAAAUAUUAAGAAGAAAACGCCAAUCCCGUGAACAGGCAAAGACAUCUAUUGCCACUGUCAACAACGUUGACAAUGUGUCACGCACACCAGCUACAGGACAAUCGGGUGUCAGCCAGCUACAAACAAUAUCAUUUGCAGGUUUAUCAAACAUGUCAACUUCAUCCCAAUCACAUGAAGGCAUCCCUCCUGACGAGGACAAUAUUUUAGGAAACAUUGAUGAAUCCAAUUGGUUGCAUAGGAAUGAUGCAUAUCAGAUGGUAGAAAUUGCAGGGAGACUGAGAGCUGUUGUUGUACCUCUUGUUCAUAAAACGCAAACAAUUUCCAAUGUCACUGCAGAUAUUGCACCAGUGGGCAACGACCAGACAGCUGAUCCAUAUGGAAUAUUUGAGCCUCCUGUUCAACAAACCAAUUUCCAAGAUUACAUGGAGCCACUGCAUAAUGGAGAAGCCGCAUACCAUGAUCCUGAUGAAGAAGCUAGAAUAUUUAUGGAUCAGGAUGUUGCUUUUGAGUCGUACCACCUUGGACACCAGAAUGCACAAGCAGGAACCGUAGCUAAUUUUGAUAAGUUCAUAUACCGAAACCUACCUACAAAGCACCAUGUCCUAAAAAAGGUUCCUGACUGCCUUCACUGUGGGGCUUUGCGGUUUCCAUUCGAGGGGCCAGCAUUUUGUUGCAGAAAAGGAAAAGUAUCAGUCAUCAUUUCUUAUUGUUCAAUUCUUAUUGUGUCAAUCAGCCAGCACACUGAUACUUAUGUUGUCAAUCUUCUAGAUGACAACGAGGAUAACCCAGAUGAGGAUUUUGGUGACAAUGAGCUUCAAGCUGCAGGUCAGGAAGAAACUUUUAAACAUCAUCUUGUUCGGGGGGCUCCUUUUCCAACAGUGGGUUGUUGA